GUGGCUUAGACGGGAGCCGCUCCUUGAUUGGUUCACGUGACGGGAAGGGGGUGUGGCCAACCGGGGCGCACCGGAGCGGUCAGCGGCGCCGCGUGAGCGCGGGAAGCGGCUUCGUCUCUCCCUCUCUCCCCCCUCCCUCCGCGGGUGGAACCAUUGCCGGCCAUGCCUCGCUGCGCCCGCUGCCCGCUCCCCGCCCGCCUCCUCCGCCCUCGCACCUCGGAGCGCCUUUGCCGCCGCUGUUUCUCGGAUGCCUUCGAAGCCGAAACCCUUCGGGCGAUAUUAUCCUCUCCGUCGCCUUCUCCCGGCGCUUCCGUCGCCGUCGCCGCUUCCGGAGGCAAAGAUUCCACCGUUCUCGCCCACCUUUUGGAACGCUUGGAAUUCCGUCACCGCUUGGGGUAUCGGAUGGUUUUGCUUUCGGUGGACGAAGGCAUCGCCGGAUACCGGGAAGCGGCGUUGGACGCCGUCCGCCGUUCCCGGCGCUCUUUGCCGCUCGUUAUCCUCUCCCAUCGGCAACUUUUCGGUUGGAGCGUGGAUGAGGUCGGGAAAAACCUCGGCGCCGGCAGCCGCUGUACUUUCUGCGGCGUUUGGAGGCGCCAGGCCUUGGAGAGGGGGGCCAGGAUGCUGGGGGCCGACUGGAUCGCCACCGGUCACAACGCCGAUGACAUCGCUGAGACGGUGCUGAUGAAUUUCCUGCGCGGCGACGUGGCCCGACUGCGGCGAGCGGCCACCGAGGCCACCGCCGGGGACACCGGGGACCCCACGGAGACCACCGGGAACCCCAUGGAGACCACCAGGAACCCCACGGAGACCACCAGGAACCCCACAGAGACCACCAGGAACCCCUCGAAGACCCCGCAGAACCUUUGGAAUCCUCCUAAGAACCUCCCCGAGCUCUCCGUUUCCUCCGGGAGCUCAGUAGCCACCGGUGAGGCGUCGGUAGCCACCCCGUGGCCAUCGGUUCCUCGUUGGAAGCCCUUGCGUCACGCCUACGAGAAGGACAUCGUCCUCUACGCCUACUUGGAAGGGUUGGACUACGUCAGCACGGAGUGCGUCUACGCCCCCAGGGCCUAUCGAGGUCACGCCCGGGACCUCCUGAAAGAUUUAGAAGCCACCCGGGCCACCACGGUAGCCGCUUUAGGUCAUUCGGGGCGUCGCUUAACGGUGGCCACCAAAGUGGCCACCAAAAAGUUAGGAGGUUGUAGGAGGUGCGGCUUCGCGGCCAGUCAGGUCUUCUGCAAAGCCUGCGUCCUGGUGGCCUCCUUGGAGAAAGGGCUACCAAAAGUAGGGUUGGGCAAGCGGGCCUUGGAGGUGGCCACGGGGCUUGAGGAG